GGUACUUGCGGAGCCGCAAACGGUAACACCGUUUGCGGGAACUGGCCAAAUGGCAAUUGCUGUAGUAUGUACGGAUUCUGGUAAGACACUUCUCAGUCCCCAUUGUACUAUCCACUCACAUUCUUCUCUUCAAAGCGGCAACACCGAUGCCCACUGCGGAGCCGGCUGUCAAUCUGGCAACUGCCUGAACGCUCCAGUUGUCGCUGCUCCCGGUCCCAAGCCAGCGCCGGCUGCACCAGAUGGAGGCUCCUUCAAUGUUGUUGGCGAUUCCGGAGUUCCAGCAAUGCACGCUGCCCUGAUGCCCAAUGGUCAAGUAAUGUUCCUCGACAAGCUAGAAAACUACACCAAAUUGAGGACCGCGGAUGGCUACUUUGCUAUGUCUUCGGAAUACGACCCACAAUCGAACAAAGCUGUUCCACUUGCCUACUUGACAAAUGCUUUCUGCUCUGGAGGCACUUUUUUAGCAGAUGGCCGCGUCAUCUCUGUUGGAGGUAAUGCUCCAUUGACCUGGCUGGAUCCGAAUAUUGGGGACGGUUUUACUGCAAUUCGAUAUCUGCAAAGAUCUUCAUCAGAUGCAAGUCUCAACGGCCAAGAUUGGAAGGAGCCUGGGAACAAGCUAGCCAGCGCUCGCUGGUAUGCGACUGCCCAGACCAUGCCCGACGGUACCGUCUUCGUUGCAUCUGGCAGCUUGAAUGGUCUCAACCCAACUGUGCUCUCGAACAACAAUCCCACAUACGAGAUCCUCAGCCCGGGUGGCGUGACUCAAGGCAACAACAUCCCGAUGGACAUUUUGGCAAAGAAUCAACCGUACUAUAUGUAUCCAUUCGUUCACCUGCUCAGGGAUGGUACAUUGUUUGUGUUCGUCUCCAAGGCCUGCCAGAUCUUCAACGUCGGUACGAACACUAUCGUCAAGGAGCUUCCGGAUCUCCCAGGAGAUUACCGUACAUACCCGAACACUGGUGGGAGUGUGCUGCUGCCACUUUCUAGUGCCAAUAAUUGGAACCCAGACAUCAUCAUCUGCGGUGGCGGUGCAUAUCAAGAUAUUACCAGCCCGACAGAUCCCAGCUGUGGACGCAUUCAACCACUGAGUGCCAACCCACAAUGGGAGAUGGACGCAAUGCCUGAGGGCCGUGGAAUGGUUGAAGGCACUUUGCUUCCAGACGGCACAGUCGUUUGGCUCAACGGAGGCAAUCGCGGGGCUCAAGGAUUCGGGCUCAUGGCAGCUCCAACAUAUGAAGCUCUUUUGUACGACCCCGCCAAGCCGCUUGGUCAACGAUGGUCAACGCUCGCCAGCUCCGGAAUUGCUCGACUCUAUCAUUCCGUUGCUCUUCUCCUUCUUGACGGUACAAUUAUGGUAACUGGCUCCAACCCAGUAGAGAUGCCCAUCCUUCAACCUGACGCGGCAAAUCCGUUUGUCACUGACUUCCGGGUUGAGAACUAUGUUCCUCCGUAUCUCCAGGGCGAGAGAGCCAACCAACGUCCGACCAAUAUUGUCCUUUCCUCGAAGACAGUUACUCCUGGCGGCCAAUUCGACCUCUCAUUCCAGGUACUUCCAAACUCACAGCAGGUCGAGGUAGUGUUGUAUCAUGGUGGAUUCGUUACUCACUCCGUCCAUAUGGGCCACCGGAUGAUCCAGUUGGAUGUGGCAGGUUGGGCACCGGGUGGAACGAGUCAACACUUGACCGUGACCAGUCCACCGAACCACAACGUCGCGCCUCCAGGACCGUACGUGGUAUAUGUACUGUGCGAUGGGACUCCUGGAAUUGGUCAGUUUGUUCAGGUUGUUUAGGCGGUGGCAGGGACAACUGCUCGUGAUUUGUUGCAUAGUGUUGGCGCGUAGCGAUGAAACGAAUUGCAUUGGCUGGGGGAACAUCGCAUAGACCAAUGAACCAACCC